AGAGAUCUAAGCUUAUGCACUCAGAUGUGCGGUCCUAAACAUUUACCUACACAGGGUUUAGUUGACGCGAUAGACUUUUUACAACUGGAUUUAUAAAUGGAUUCAUUGUGUCGGAAGCGUCUUAAUUGAACCGGAUUGUUUGAUUUGAGUACUUUCUGAGCUGCCUCCACAGCCUGCACGCGCACUCAUACUGCGUCGUUCUUUUCCUUUCAGGUCGUGACAGGUGCCUAGAAACUUAUUUCUAAUGGAUCGCUUAAAGGUAGUUUUGCAAUAUUUCCAGUCGAAUUCCGAGUCUAUUUCCAAUGGUAUAUGCGUGGUGCUUGCUCUGGUUGCUGUAAAACUGUACACGAGCUUUGAUUUUAAUUGCCCUUGCCUGCCGCAGUACAAUAAAAUGUACGCACUCGGUGUGAUGUUUGUUCCGCCGAUUAUUCUGUUCUUACUGGGAAUUUUGGUUAAUCGGCACACCGGAGUGAUGAUGGAGGAAUGGGCCAGACCGAUAGGCAGGAGGACCAAAAAUCCAGCUGUUGUGAAAUAUUUGUUUUCAGCUAUGAUGCAGAGGUCCAUGUUAGCUCCCAUGGUGUGGAUCCUUGUAUCUUUACUGGAUGGGAAGUGUUUCAUUUGUGCCUUCAGCAUGAGUGUGGACCCGAAACACUUCACUGGGUUCCCCAAUAACACUGGUCUGGAUCUGAUCAGGAUAAUGGCUAAGGUGCCUUGCAAGGAAGACAUCAUCUUCAAAAACAGCACUUUUCGGAAAGCUGUCACACGCUAUGUGCGUUGUUACUCUCAAGCACUAGGUUGGUCCAUUCUUCUCUGCCUCAUUUUUAUGGGUGCAGUGGCUCGAAUCACUAAACCAUGCUUCAAUCAUGCCGUCUUCCUUCAAACGCGCUACUGGAGCAAUUACUUGGACGUUGAAGCUAAGCUUUUUGAUGAGACUUGUGUCCAUCAUGCCAGAGACUUUGCCAGAAAAUGUGUAGUGCGUUUCUUUGAGGAUAUUGGGGAAGAUGAGAUUCUCAGGAUGCCACUCUCCCCGAACUUCAGCUUCAAGAAAAGUGACAACGAGGCUGAUGAAGAUGAGCAUCUCCAUGGUGUGACUAGGAAGGAUCAGGUGGAUCACUUGCUCCAAACUUGGUUCCAGUGUAGACCUGAGCUGGAUGUGACCAAGAUGGUUUAUAGGCCCACUAAGUGUAUUACUUGGGAAGACUCAAAUGGACAUACACUUUACUCAGAUGUUUGAAGUGACAGUAAACUAAUAUACUAUUGCAUAUACGUGAAGGACCAAAUGUAAGAUAUGAAGCUUACAAGACUGAAAGGAUGUAAAUUUAAGGCAACCAGCUGUGUUAGAUUUGAAAUUAAUUUAGCUCUUAAUUGCAGGGUCUUCUGUUGUAUGGGACAGCUUACAGUCAUAAAACACAACCUGUAAAACGUUUCUGUUAAAGUGAAAUAAAUAAAAAUAUUGUAUUUAUAUAAAGAUGUUGCAUAAAGUUACAGAUGUGUAGAUUGUGUGUACUGGAAGGUUUGCACUAGACUUUGAAGUCAAGUUUAGAAACCUUGCAAGGUGAGAUUUGAAUUUUCCAGGACUGGAUUUCUUUAGUUUUGCAUGGCUCUCCCACACACAUUACUCACCAGUGGCAUGCAUAUGAAUAUAAUGCAAAUGUAGUACAGAUUCACAUGCCAGUAAAUACAA